AUGGAUUCAAUCGCCACAGGGCUUGCGGAGACCAUCCAGACCGCAUCCAUCAACAGACACCCGGACCCUCGUCUCGAUCACGCCCCAGCAACUGCCGCCGACGAGAGAGAACCUGUCGUCCUGAAGAGCGCCAAGCAUGGAUACGGUGGCUUAGACGACGAAGAGGAAGAGGAAGAUGUGGAGGAUAUCCCAUACAGUGUGCUGCGGCCGAUUCCGAGAUCCCACGAGCUGCCACCUCUUCCCGACCUUCGCUUCGAGCAGAGCUAUCUGCGCAGCAUCUCCUCCGCGGACAAAUGGUGGGAAGUAGUAGCAAUCACUGUGAGGGAUCAGGUAUUGAUGCCCCUGGCUCAAGGCUUGCUCUACAAUCUCUUUCUCUGCGGCUGGCAACAGUGGAACCGGAAUGCGAGGUAUCACGGCAAUGGUGUUGGUGCCCGUAUAAGAAGAUGGUGGUGGGGAGUGAAUAAUUGGGUCAUACCUAAGAGGCCAGCGGCCAGGUAG